AUGAAAAAAAUAAUAAUAACCAUCAUAACCAUAUAUUAAACACCAAAAUCAAAACAUUUAAUUUAAAAAAUUACAUCCCCAAAUUCAUAUUCAAAUUCUAUUUUAUAAAUAUUUUAAUCUUAUUAUCCAUGUACUCCUGUUAAAAAAGUAAAUAAAUAAAAGUAUAUAUGAAAUAAUCAAUUUAGAAAAAAUUAGCUUUGUUAAAUAAUGGAAAAAAAGGUGUAACUAAGUAUGUAGUUUUUACUUAAGUGACAUUUAAUUCUACCACUAAAUUCUAAUUUUGUCACUUUAGAACAUUUUGCUCAAUUUUAAGUUUAUUAUAAAAGAAAUAAAAUUGUUGAUAAUGAAUAUAGUCUAUUAAAUCUAAAAUCAUCGUCAAUAAUAUUAAAUAAAACAAAAUUAUUUUAUACAUUAACUAAUGUCUUUUAAGAAUAUAAAAUAAUGCGAAUAAUUAUUUUAUUUUUCAAAUUCUCUAUUUUUGGCAUUUUUUUCAUAUUCCGAUUAGAAAGUACCUUAUUGUCUUUUUAUAACAAGACAAGAUGCUUUAAAUAUAUAACUAUAAAAAUUAUAGUUUUUAGAAUAGAACCAAAUUGAAUCAAUAUUUAUAGGUAUAGAUAUUUCAUGA